UUUAGUGAGUAUCGAACUGUCAUUGUGUGGACAGGUUAUGCAUUUAAAAAAUAUGGUUAUUAUUUAAUCGUAACAUAAUUCAAUUUUUAUUUCUGUGUUUAUCACGAGAAUUACAUUUGAAUAAUGACGGACGAACGAAAUUUCCGAUCAUCAUAUUAUGAAAAGGUUGGUUUUCGCAGCGUCGAAGAAAAGAAAUCGUUAGAGAUAUUAUUGAAAGAGCGUCCUUUUGAUAAAGCAAAACUGAAACAAUUUUGUCUGAGGUUCACUGUACCUGCUAUGUACAGAAAUUUUUUAUGGAAGGUAUUACUGGAUGUUAUACCGGUUUAUGUAGAUAGCCAUGAAUUUAUAAUGGUUCAGCGUACGGCAGAAUUUCAAGAUUUGCAAAAAGCAUUAAAAGUUGCAAAAAUCAUAGAUGAUUAUACUAAACAUCAUCUAGUAUUUCUAGCAAUGUGGCUGUUGCGCACAAGGAGAGCAAAGGUUGAUAUAAUUGCACAAUUGGAAUCACCAUUACACAGAGCUAUGAGCAAAAUGGCUCAAACAUUGUGGCAUAUAAUCGAUGUUGAAUCUGAACAAGAAAAAUUAGUAGAUAUGUAUUGGAUACUCUGUGGAUUGUUUGUACAAGUUGAAAAAUUACAAAAGGAAGUAGGACGGUUACAGGACUGUACAUAUGCAUUAUUAGAGAGAGAUGAUAUGGAGUUAUAUAAACAUCUUAUUAAAAUUGACACACUUUAUAAUCUUCCAUAUGAUACAUGGUUCUAUUCAUGUUUUGCUGGUACAAUAUGUGAUGGAUCUAUUGCUAAGAUAUGGGAUAAGAUAACAGUUGGUGCAUAUCGAAUUUUAGUCUUUGUGGCUGUGAUUACAUUAACUACCUUAAGGCGGUUACUAUUAAGGUGUGAAAGUAUAGACAAUGUAUUGGAUACCAUUAAUAAUAUAACAGAAGAGACAUCAGAAGUAAUAGUUAAUAAAGCAAUUGAAUCAAUGCAACAAAGUGGGACAAGUCAAUUAGUUGACACUUAUUUUAUAAAGCACAGUUAAUGUUAUACAAAAUAUAUAAAAAUGCAUUAUGAUUCAUAUAUACUAAAAUGUGAAAUUAUUAGAGUGAAAUCAAGACUGUGCUUAUGAUUUUCUAAGUUAUAUAUAAUUUAAUUUUACAAA